AUGUCACAGCACUGCAGGCCGUUACUGCGUGUAGCUGCGUCGACGACGACACGCUCGGCCAUCCGAUCAUAUGCAUCCCAGGCGGCACAGCCGGCGACGCGAAAAUUGAAUGUGCCCAUUGAUUUCGGCAAGACUCCUCUUCUGCAUCAUUCCCCCAAGACGUUUACACACACGUCUGGUCUACCGCAGGGCGGCUCUUCGACGAGAUUGAAUCUCUGCCAGGCGGUUAACGAGGGGCUGAGAACCGCUCUGAGGGAAGACAACAAGGUGCUCUGCUUCGGCGAGGAUGUCGCAUUCGGCGGCGUUUUUCGCUGCACACUGAACCUACAGUCAGAGUUUGGGCCAGACCGCGUCUUCAACACCCCCAUCACCGAGCAAGGAAUUGUGGGCGCUGCGAUUGGCAUGGCCGCCGAGGGCGCAAAACCGGUGGUGGAGAUCCAGUUUGCCGACUAUGUCUUUCCAGCCUUUGAUCAGAUUGUGAAUGAGGCUUCCAAAUUUCGCUACCGGGAGGGCUCGACCGGUGCGAACCUAGCUGGGAUGGUCAUCAGGAUGCCCUGUGGCGGAGUGGGACAUGGUGCCUUAUAUCAUACUCAAUCCCCGGAAUCGUUGUUCUGCCAUGUGCCCGGUUUCAAAGUCGUCGUCCCGCGAUCUCCCAGUCAAGCGAAAGGGCUCCUUCUCGCAUCGAUUCUCGAGUCCAAAGACCCCGUGAUCUUCAUGGAACCUAAGAUCCUGUACCGCGCCGCCGUCGAAGAAGUCCCCGAUGAACUCUACACGCUUCCACUCUCGAAAGCCGAAGUAGUCAAGCCCGGUGCCGACCUGACCAUCAUCUCCUACGGUCGGCCUCUGUAUAACUGUCUUGCGGCUAUUGAGGCCGCGGAGAAGGCCUCGCCGGGCAUCAGCGUUGAGCUAAUCGAUCUACGCACGAUAUACCCGUGGGACAGGAAGACGGUUCUGGAGAGCGUGGCGAAGACGGGCCGCGCCAUCGUCGUCCACGAGAGUAUGGUCAACUAUGGCGUGGGAUCGGAAAUCGCGGCAACUAUUCAGGAACAGGUUCUCCUGUCUCUUGAGGCGCCGGUAAAGCGACUCGGAGGUUGGACCACGCAUACAGGGUUGGCCUGGGAGAAGUUUAUUUUCCCUGAUGUCACGAGGAUAUAUGAUGCUAUCCUGGAGGUUUUGGAGUACUGA